AUGACCACUACAAUUCUCCUUAUCUGCUUCAUUUCUACCGUAUUUUCUUGUGGCCCCGGUCUGAUUUCAGAUAGUGGUCAGUAAACAAUUGGGAUAGUGGAGACUCCUAAGAAAAUUUAAUUUUCAGAAUAUUUGGUUUCAAUGAGCGGCCUAGAUCUUCCGUUCUCAUUUGUCUAUUCAACUUCAAAUAUCGAUGGAAUAUCAGCGCCAACUUCAAUGGGUGACGUGAUACAAAACAUCAAUGGAUAUUGUCAAGAUCUAGUAGAAGAUUUGAUGCGAGUUAGCUUAAAAGCAAUUGAUUAUCCUGCGUAUCUUCUAGAAUCUGCUAUAUCUAGUUUGGAUAUUCAAGUUGCAUCGGAUUAUCAACCUCUGAGUUGUGUUAAAUUUGUCAGUAUCUUUGAUGAGUCACGGGUUACUACAGUUGCACCUAAAAAAGAAAAAGUAGGAGAUAACAAUACUGAUCGAAAAAUAAAAAGGGCUGCAACAGUGGAAACAGGCCCAAAGGGGAAUUAUUGUUACUACAACACAGCCAACGUGAUCACAAAAAUAUGUGAAAACAAGGUAAACAUAUCCCACGUUUUUUUGUUGAAAAACUUAAUUUUUCCAGGGAACUAAAGAAUGCACAUUAGCCGAUGCAGUUUCUCUUCCACUCAAUGUUUCAAGAAUAAACUUCGACUUCACAGUAAGUUAAUUAUUAUCAGAACUUCUACUAAUUCUUUAUAUUCAGCCUGGUAUACUAGCUGGUCAACCACGAGCAUUUUGGAAAGAUUUCAGCGAUUCUUUGGCUAAAAAAUUAAAAAGUGGAACUUAUUCAUCAGCUUUCAAACAAGUUUCAGUCGAUGUCAAGAUAAAUAUAAUUCGAUGA